UCGAAUCUACUGGUUGGAGUUCAUUGAGCCAUCGUCAGUUAUCCAGUGAUCAGCGACGUCCGGACAGCGAAAACCCAAACCCAAGCACGAUGAAACUUCUCGUACUCUCCGUAAUGGUUUGCGCCCUUGUGGCCGGCAGCUCUGCCCAGUCGCCCAGCAUUGCCAAGAUCCAAGAUGCGCUGGGCGCUAUCCUGGGGCAAAUGUCUAUCCUUCCCAAUACCGUCAGACAAGUCAUCGCCGGUGUAGACUCGCAGAAUAACAUCAACAAGGCCCUUGCUGCGAUUACGGCCGUGAAAGCGCAAUAUCCAAACUUCAGCUCGACUUAUACCUCGGCGUUUUCAUCACAGAAGCGCACCAAAUUUGACACUGCCGUUACUGACUUCAGAAGCGCCAUUACCAACCUCGAAUCUGCCUUACAAAAAGUGCCCGUUGAUACAACUGCACUGACCAAUACUGUAUCGGCCGUUGAAGGGCAAUUUAUGAAUCUUGCUACUGUUUUUUACACACAAUCGUAAAAAGAGCAUGUAAUCGUAUGAACUGCGGCAGGGAAACCUUUAAGCGAAUGACAAUAAAGAACCACCAUUGACAAGA